AUGAUUCAUUCUAGUGAUCAUAAUCAGAGGCGUAAAAAGAGAGCAUAAUUUAAACAUUAAGCUGGACCUUUUAUUAUAUUUUUUACUGUACUAAUGCCAACAAAUUGUGUGAUUUUAGAAUAGUUUGUAUCAAUUAUGAAAAGAUUAGUACUUCGAUUUGAAAAUGGAUCCUACAACUUAAUUAAUAAAUGGAUUUUUAGUUUUCUUUUUUUAUGGAAUGGCUAUGUGGUCAUAUUAUUAAUCGAUUACAAUAAAAAAUUAUACAAUAGAAAAGGCUAUUCCAUUAUAAGAUAAUAGAAGAAUUGAUCCUAUUUAUAAAAAUACUAAUUCUUGUUUAGAAUGUAAUAAAUGGAAACCUAUACGAACUCAUCAUUGUUCACUUUGUGGAAAAUGUAUAUUAAAAAUGGAUCAUCAUUGUCCUUGGAUUCAUAAUUGUGUUGGUUUAAGAAAUCAUAGAUCCUUUUAUCUCUUUACAUUGUAUAUGACUGUAAAUAAUAUUAAAUAUUUAGAUUGGUGCAAUUCAAUAUAGUUAUGCGUCUUUGAUUUAUUUUAGAUUUUUGUUCCAAAGUAACCAAGGUUUCUUUUUUCAUCAAUCCACAUUCUUUUAUAUAUAUUGGGGUUUAACUAGUUUGGUAUUAUAUCCAACAUGUGCUAUGUUAUGCUUCUUAUUCUUUUAUCAUACAUCAUUAAUCCUUAAUAAUUAGACUACUUUAGAAUAAAUGAAAAGUGGUUCCGAUGGGAAUUGUUGUAUUCAAAAUGAUAAACCUCCAAGAAAUAUUAACUUAUUUGAUAGAGGAACACUAUCUAAUAUAGCAUGGUUUUUUAAUUAUUCUUAUUUUUGGUUUCUACCAUUUGAGAAUAUUUAUAAAGAAGAUGGUAAUACUAUAUUCUAAAUUAAGGUACAAAAUAUUCAAUCUCUCCACUUUGUACUCUUUAGGAUAUCAAAAUUAAUAAUCCUUAAAUACCAAUUGUAUAAAUACCUGAAUAAUAAUUUGAUUUUGAUAAAAUAGAACAAAAAUAUGAAGAAUAUUUAGCUAUUGUUAAACUAAAAUACAAAAAUAAAAGACUUGUAUUAAUUGGAAAGGAAAUAUAACUUGAUUGA